AUGGCACAAAAGGCGAAGGGAGACAUCAAUAAAGCCGGUUGGGAGUCAACCGAUUUUCCUGUGCUCUGUGAGACGUGUCUUGGCGACAAUCCAUUCAUUCGCAUGUCUAAGCAAGAUUUCGGCCGUUCUUGUGGUACUUGUGCGCGGCCAUUCACCGUUUUUCGCUGGAAUCCCGGAGCUGGUAUGCGAUUCAAGAAUACCGUCAUCUGCCAAACCUGCGCCAAGGUGAAGAACGUCUGCCAGACCUGCUUACUCGAUCUUGAGUACGGUCUUCCCACCCAAGUCCGCGAUAUGGCGCUUGGAGUCACAAACGAAGCCCCGACAAGCGACAUAAAUCGAGAAUAUUAUGCGCAAAAUAUGGAGUCUAAGCUUCAAGCUGGUAGUACUGGCAUCCAGGGUUCUGGGCCAACUCGCUCGCAGUCCGCUGGCAAAGAAAUGCUAAAGCAACUCGCUCGAACCGACCCAUAUUACAAACGUAACCGGCCACAUAUCUGCUCCUUCUUUGUCAAGGGCGAAUGUAACCGUGGAGCCGAAUGCCCUUUCAGACAUGAAAUGCCCGUUGGUGACCAGCACCAGAAUAUAGAGAAAAACAUCCAAGACCGCUAUCAUGGCAGGGAGGAUCCUGUUGCGCAGCGAAUAAUGUCCACACAUGCAGAAAGCCAAGGACUAAAACCUCCAGAUGAUACAACUAUCACGAGCCUUUUCCUUCCUUCAGUACCUGCGACUUCGACCGAACAAAGCAUACGAACAUCUGUGUUCCAGUCACUGUCAUCUGUUGACCCAGCCGAAGUCAAAUCUAUUGUGCAUGUCGCAAAGACCAAAUGCGCAUUUGUAAAUUUCAAGCAACGGUCUACGGCGGAGGCUGCAGCAUAUGCAUGGUCAAAUGGGCUGGAUAUCGAUGGAGAGCGGGUCACUGUGCGUUGGGGACGAGGGAAGAAAAAGGCAGCCGAUAUAACUCCUGUACCAACACCGCUAGUAGUUGUGACAUAG